GUUAGUUUUCAGCUGAAAACACUCCAUGUCUCUGUAUAGAAUCAUUUUACCUAAAAGUCCGUCUACAAAAUAAUCCAUUUAAUUCCUUCUCUUGUGAAAACCUUAAACCAAACAGAUGUCCCUUUGAUGGGAGAAACCGUUCAACGAGACCUGGUGGCAAACCACGAGGAAAGCUCUCCAAAGACCGAUUCCAAACAUGUGGCACUGCCAGAAUCGACCACGACACCGGAUGCCGUGUUCGUCAUAGAAGAGGCGGUUCCGCCGAUGGAAGCAGAAGUGGAAGAAACAACAAUAGUUCCAGAUGGAGGUUGGGGUUGGAUUGUGAGCGUGGCAGCCAUGUGUUGUAGUUUCAUCGUCUUUGUAAUUAAGGGGUCAUCAGGGCUGUUUCUCAUCGCCCUAAUUAAUAAAUUUGAUGAACCCGUAUGGAAGUUAACUUUGGUUGGGAGCAUUCUCAAUGGACUCUCCCUUCUUUCAGCUCCGAUUUGCAGUAUGUUAUUGAUCUAUUUUUGUCAUCGGAAUGUGGCCAUCAGCGCAGGACUUAUUGGAUUUACAGGAGCCAUUUUGGGGGCAUUUUCCACAAGUAGCGACAUGAUGAUAACCUGCUAUGGAAUACUGGGAGGUCUGGCCCUGGGGUUCGGGUAUUUCACCGGCCAAAUCAUGGUAACUCUAUACUUCAGCAAGAAAAGAGCAACAGCUUUGAGUAUCGCCAGCUGUGGAACUGGUUUGGGUACCUGUAUUGGUAACAUAAUGGUCGAGGAACUUCUACAGACAUACGGCUUGGCAGGAACUUUGUUAAUGAUUGCUGGAAUGAUGUUUAAUAUGGUGGUGUGUGGGGCUCUUUACAGACCGCUGCGAACCAAAACGACGUUACGACAUAACCCAGAAUAUACAACAACAACCAGCGACUGGGAUAGCACUGGACAGGGUAUAACUAACCAAGCGUUUUGGAACUCUGAAAGUUCACUGGAUGUCCAUGGCUUUGGGCUUUAUUUUGUAGCAAAACCACAAUACAGACGCUAGAGUGCAAAGAAAAAUAUCAGAAAUAAAG